AUGAAUGAAGAACACAGCGAUGUAACAAAUGGGUGCAGCAAAGUUCGAACUGGUACUCAGAAUGAGGCUGCCUUAUUGGCUCUUAUGGAAAAGACUGGCUACAACAUGGUUCAAGAAAAUGGUCAACGAAAAUUUGGUGGGCCUCCACCAGGCUGGGAAGGCCCACCACCACCUCGAGGCUGUGAAGUUUUUGUGGGAAAGAUUCCUCGUGAUAUGUAUGAGGAUGAAUUGGUUCCUGUAUUUGAAAGAGCAGGAAAGAUCUAUGAAUUCAGACUGAUGAUGGAAUUUAGUGGUGAGAAUCGAGGAUAUGCAUUUGUAAUGUAUACAACUAAAGAAGAAGCUCAACUUGCCAUCAGGAUCCUUAAUAAUUAUGAAAUUCGUCCUGGGAAAUUUAUUGGUGUUUGUGUAAGCUUGGAUAACUGCAGACUAUUUAUUGGAGCUAUUCCAAAAGAAAAGAAAAAAGAAGAGAUCUUGGAUGAAAUGAAAAAAGUCACUGAAGGUGUAGUAGAUGUUAUUGUGUAUCCAAGUGCAACAGACAAAACAAAGAAUCGUGGUUUUGCUUUUGUGGAAUAUGAAUCUCACAGAGCUGCAGCUAUGGCAAGGAGAAAAUUAAUUCCAGGAACAUUCCAGUUAUGGGGCCAUACUAUUCAGGUAGAUUGGGCAGACCCAGAAAAAGAAGUUGAUGAAGAAACAAUGCAGAGGGUCAAAGUAUUAUAUGUUAGAAACUUGAUGAUCUCCACUACAGAAGAAACGAUUAAAGCUGAAUUUAACAAAUUCAAGCCAGGAGCUGUUGAGCGUGUAAAAAAACUUCGAGAUUACGCAUUUGUUCAUUUUUUCAACCGAGAUGAUGCAGUUGCUGCUAUGUCAGUCAUGAAUGGGAAGUGUAUCGAUGGAGCUAGCAUUGAAGUAACAUUGGCAAAACCAGUAAACAAAGAGGGCACUUGGAGGCAGCAUCUUAAUGGACAAAUUAGUCCUAAUUCUGAAAAUCUUCUAGUGUUUGCAAACAAAGAAGACGUUCAUCAAAAAUCUCUAGCAAAGCCAGCAAGUCUUCCAGUCCGAUUUAAUGGGCAGCACAGUCCAAGUCCCCCUGAAAUUGAAAGGUGUAGUUACCCAUUUUUCCCCGGAACAAAACUUACUCCAAUUAGCAUGUAUUCAUUAAAAUCUAACCAUUUUAGUUCUGCGGUAAUGCAAUUAGAUUAUUAUUGCAACAAAAAUAACUGGGCACCUCCAGAAUAUUACUUGUACUCAACCACAAGUAGUUAUUUUAUGCCAGACAAGCUGUGCACAACAGUAGAAGAUGCAAAAGAAUUAGCAGCACAGUUUGCACUGCUACACUUGGAUUAUAAUUUCCGUCGAAGUUCAGUAAAUAGCAUUUCUCCUGUUAAUGCUACUCUCUCUUCAGGGACAAGUGUGCUACCAUAUACAUCAAGACCUUAUUCUUAUCCAAGUUAUCCUUUGUCACCAACAGUUCCACUUGCUAAUAGCAACCAUGUUGGACAGCGUCUGUAUAUCUCCAAUCAGGCCUCAUUCUUUUGA